CACAGUCGUCGAUUUGACAGAUUUUCUGAAAAUCAAAACAAAAAGUGCAAUUUUGGAAGUGAAAUCAUUCGGAGGAAGCGCCAAAGGACUCGAGAUCCCUAGUGUCCUGUGAUAAUGGAGUCCUGCUCGGUGUAGAGCGCGGGCGCCUGGCGAGAAGGAGCAUCAGGGAGACGCCCAGGCAUUCCAGCUGAGAAUCUCACAGUGACCAUUCCGCUGGGCAGGACAUGAGUGCCAAUCCCCCGAGUCCGCCGCUCUGCCCCAAACGACAGAGACUCCAGGAGUCCGAGGAGGAGGUGAACGUGGGCGCGGGCACGAGUCGACAGCGUCCGGAAGCCGCGGAGGGAUCGCACAGCAGCGAAGAGUCCGUGGGACAGAAUCAAGAGAGCACCAGCUCUAGUGGCGUCAGCAGCAUCCUCAGCUUCGCGCCGGACCUCGAGGAGGCCACGGGCGAAGAGUGCGCCCUGGACGCGGACGUGCUGACGACUUUCCGGCAGCAGAAGGUGACCAAAUGCAUCCUGGAGAACGCCGUGAACCGCAUUGUGGAGUCCUACCAGUUCUUCGUGCGUCCCGAGGACUUCCUGGCGCCGCCCGAGAGCGACGGCCUCGAGGACGCCGCCAUCCUAAUGGCCAUCAGCGAGCACGGACUGUCUUCGGCCGGCCUGGCGCCGCCCGGAGUCGCUCCGGCGCCGCCCCGCAAUCCCACCAGCGUGUCCGAGAAGGAGCACCUGGACUUCAUGGAAGCCGCGGUGGCGGCGGCCAUCCAGAAGAAGGGUCUCACGCCACUCUCGCUGCCACUGUCGCCGCACAGAUAGUCGCCGCGGCGCAGCCGGCGCCCAGCCAACAGCAAUCAGUUCCUACAGGCCGCCCUCGGCGACUCCUGCUCGUCUUCUCCGCAUCUCCAGCAAACUUCCUCAUUAGACUGACUCAUCGCCAAGCUCAUCGUUUUUGAGAAAUUCACGGAUUUUGGUGGAAAAUUCGUGGAAAAUUCUCGAGCAAACAAUUGAAAAUUGAAUAAUUUUAUGAAAGAACAUUGUGACGCUUAUUCUUAUGUAAUAUAAUUAUUAAUUGCCAAGAAAUCAGUUCAACUUCUUCGUCGACACUUUUGUCAUUCGCUGAAUCGUGAAAAGAACGCAUAUUCUCUUGCAUUUUCUUCCUGUUCCCUGAAUUCUAGAAUCUCCUGCAACCCACAUGAAAAGUUUUCUCUUCUCAACCGAAGCCAAAUUCGUCGAUAAACAUCUAUUUGAACAUCUAUUUGU